GCCUGGUCUUCCCGUCGGUCGCCGCGACGAAGGCGCACCUCGUCAUCAGCAACACUGUGCCCCUGGACGACCUCCGAGAGUGCUGGUCCCCUGUGACCCUGAUCCUCGAGAAGGUUGGCUUCCAGAAGGCCCUCGAGUUCUACGACUGCGCGGAGGGCGACGUGCGG